AUGCCUUCAGGUGCAGGUCCUCCACUGCCUCCAAGAUGCAAUAAUUUGCAAGUGCCUUCUAAUAACGGUGCUGCUGCUUGUCUCCCUAACCAGCCUGAUGGUGGACGGGCAGAUGAUAAUAAUAGUGAUACCGCGCCACCUCAUACAGCUUCUCUAGGUCAUCACAGAACAAAAUCUAAUCCAGAUCCAUUGGGAUCGCAAACACCAAUGCACAACAUGACACCUAUCGAAGCUUGCAAGAGAUUAAUAGCAUCAGAAUCACUUCAGGACAUAUACAAGAGGUCGAAAAGUCAUCCGGGAGCUUGCGAUGUGGAUUCACCGCAUGAAUCACCCUCGGGAACACCUCCGCCACCAUACAGAGGUAUAACAGGUAUGACUGCUUCUCAAUCGCUGCACAAUUUAAUUUCAGAUGAUGGCGGUGGAGAUGAUGAAGUUCAAACGAGACCCCAUAGAGAUCAAACUCCUGAUGUGUCACCAUUGCGCGGAAGUCUUGGUGCUCAAUCAAGCACCCCCGUUGGUCAAAAUAUAAUGUCCAUGGAAGAUGAUGAUACAUCUGAUCAAGAGCUUAGUCAUUUAGAAGACCACGGACCGUUUAAAAGUCUUAAGUGCCUAUGGCAACACCAUGCACAUUUAGCUGUUUUUAUGAAUUAUGUACUGUCCAAUAGUGAUCCUUCUAGUUUGUUAUUUUACUUAGUAACGGAUUUAUAUAAAGAAGGUAAUGCAAAAGAAAUGAAAAAAUGGGCCUAUGAAAUCCACUCUAGCUUUCUUGUGCCUGGAGCUCCACUUCGCCUUAAUAAUGUGGAUGAAAAUUUUGCUAGAGAAAUAGAUGACGUUUUAAUUAGAGAAUCUGAUAAAGAAGAAAUUUUAAGAAUGAUUUUUUGGAAAGCCAGAAACAGAGCUCGAGAAGAAUUAAACGAACAAUUAGCUGAUUUUCAACAAAAAAGAACUGCAGGUUUGGGUACAUUGUUUGGUCCGAGUGACGCUUCCUUAGAUGAAAGUAUUCAUGAUAAAAACAAGGAAAUAAAAAUCAUAGAAAGCAUAUUAGUGCCAAAGAUAGAAAGUUAUUUGGAAGAUAUAGAGAAAGAUAACGUAGAUAUUCGAAGAUUUACGACAGCUGCUGCUCUCGGUACCAUAAUGGGCAAAGUAUUCGGUUUGCGAGGUCCUCACGCAAGUUCAGUUCUUGAUAGAUGUCCUACUUUUGUCUCAAAAGACAAAAGCUUAAAAGUAAAACUUUUAAUUGGAAAAUCUCGAAAGUUAUCGGUUCGUGGUCAUCAUUUCGUUGCCCAUUAUUACUACACUGUUACGUACUGCAAUCAUUGUCAAUUAAUCAUUUGGGGAAUCGGACCUCAAGGGUACCAAUGUUCGAACUGCAAUUUUAACGUUCAUCGUCACAAUUGUGUACGGGCGGUCGAAGAAAAUUGUCCUGGUCCCAUAUGUAAAAAAGACAAAGGCGACAAUAGAAUAAUUGAUCGGGCCAAGAAGCAUUCAGAAGAUAGGGAUGAUACUGUAGGAAUCGGAGACAACGAUUCAAUUAUUGUGUGUGUGAGUUAUGAUUUGACUAAAAUUUGGUUUAUUGCCCUUAAUUUUGUUUUGAUUUGGUCAAAAUCGAAAUUACGCGGUUUUUUCGGUCUUGGAAAAGAAAUGUUUGAUAAAGUUUAG